AUGACGCUCCUGGACCAUGAGGGAGGCCAUGGUCAGCCCGAGUGUACGCACUGUGACAUUCGUGGCCCAGAGGGCGAGUGUUUAUCAUGUAAUGCUCUGUCUCUGUUGUCAGGUGGUAGCUCGGGCAAAGCCAUGGCAGCUGCAGUAAAGUUUGAAGAGCUGAAAGAGGGGCAGUGCUGUGUAGUUAUUCUGCCAGACUCUAUUCGCAACUACAUGUCCAAGUUUUUGAGUGAUAAGUGGAUGUUCCAGAAAGGCUUUCUGAGGGAAGAGGACAUGAUAGUCAUUAAGCCCUGGUGGUGGAAUCUGAGAUUGCAAAGCCUGAAACUCUCAGCACCCCUUUCUGUUCUGCCCACAGUCACUUGCCAAAAAACCAUCAAGAUCUUGAAAGAAAAGGGCUUUGACCAGGCACCUGUCGUAGAUGAAGCUGGGCAGAUUCUUGGGAUGGUGACUCUGGGAAACAUGCUUGCUUCUGUGCUAGCAGGAAGGUCAAGCCCUCUGACACUCAGCAAAGUGCUCUAAAAGCAGUUCAAACUGAACUGUUUCAAUUUCUUUUCUUAA